AUGUUUCUUCUUAAUUUACCAAUAAAUAUUAAAGAACAAGCUGCCAUUGAACGACGUCGAUCUGAAGAACAAAAACGUCUAUCUCGUAUUUUUAAUGUUAAAUAUCGAACUAUUGGCAUUGAUAAAACAGCUCUUGAUGAACAAGUUCAAGAACGACAAUAUAUGAAAGAAUUAGAAAAGCAACGAAAUGAUGCUUUUGAUCGUGAAAUGAUUCGUAACGAUUUAAAACAAAGACUUCUUGAACAAGAAGACUUUUCUGAACAGCGUCAAUGUGCACAAGAAUUAAAUAAUUAUCGUCUUCUAUAUCAAAAACCUGAAGAUUCAAGAGAAUGGGAUUUAAAUGAUCCAAAAAAAUGGAAAAAAUUAACACCAGCACGGAUAAGUGAUGAUGAUCCUCGUUUAAGUCUAUCAUCUGGUCAAAAAUUUGCUGGUGAAGAUCUUCAAAAAUCUAUUCGAAAAAAAUUUCAACAAGAACAAUUAAAAAAUUAUUUUGAUUUACAAACUCAGGUAAAAACAGAAAGAAAUAAAGAAGAACGAUUAGCAAGUCUCCUGUAUGAUUAUAAACAAAUGGAAUUAAAUGAACAAAGUAAUAGAUUUGAAAAAAUGGAAAAUGAAUGUCAUCGAGCAAUAGAAAUAGCAACACGAAAUUAUAAUGAAAUACUUGCUCAUGAAACAAAACUUCGAGUAAAUGAACAAAAAACACGGCAGACGGAAGAACAAUUAGCUGAGAUAGCUAAUGCUGCUUUCAGUGAUAUGUUAACAGAAAGUUCAACAAGUGUAUCUGAUUCUCGUUGUCAUAUUAUGGUUGAUCAAUGGAAGGGAAUGAGUCGAGAUCAAUUAGAAGGCAUUCGUCGUCAACAAUUGUCACAAAUUGCUGAACGUCAAAAAAGAAAUGAUGCUGAAAAAUCUUUCGAUGAAACUUGGAAAAAAUAUUCCGAUGCUAUAGCUAAACAAGCAAUCAUAGUGGAACAACAAAUCGAAGACGAUAAACGAAAAUAUAAUCAUUGCUUAGCUAAUGAAAAUAAAAAUCUUGCUAAAAUACAACGUGAACGACAAGAUUAUCUCAAUUCGAUUGUAUAUCGAUCGGCACCUGCCGCUGCUUUUUAUCAACAAUUUAAUAUGACGAGUCGAUAA